GUCCGGUCAAGGUCAUCAGAGGUCAAUCGGCCUAAACCCUAACAAACCGUCAUUUGCACUUCUAGAACGUUGGUUUUUGUGGGAAGAAUCGUCAUGGAGUGUUUUGGGGACAACAAAAUAUCGCGCUGGCUGUCAUCUAGUCAUUGAAAUCCUACAGAAUCGAAGUUUUAGACCCAAAUAAGGACAUCUGUAGCGUAAAUAUGAUGGAGCUACCAGGGAACGGUAUGGAGUGGGAGUAUUCAGAUGACGAGGGGGAGGAAAUGGAGCAAGAUGCGCCCGUGGAGAAAAAGGUGAGUGUCCACGCCUGUAACACAUGGAACGAGCUGAGAAAAAACGGGCAGCUGUGCGACGUGAGGCUGCGGGUGGAGGGAGUGGAGUUCCCCGCACACAGGACCAUCCUGGCCGGCUGCAGUCAGUACUUCAGAGCUUUGUUCACCAACGGCUGUACAGAAUCAGCCAUGUCAGUCAUCGACAUUCCAGGAAUCUCCGCUGAGAUGCUGGAGUUGAUUCUGGAGUACGCCUACACACGUGACGUGCACGUGAACGAGGCUAACGUGCAGGAGCUCCUCCCAGCGGCCGACCAGUUCAACAUCAACGGCAUCGUCAAGGAGUGCUGCAAGUUCCUCAGACGACAUUUGAGCCCUGAGAACGUGAUCGGGAUACGAGAGUUCUCCAAGAGCUACUUCUGCCCUGGGCUCGAGAAGGCCUGCUACGAUUUCAUCAUCACAAAGUUCCCGGAUGUCAUGGCCGGUGCCCCAAAUGAAGAACUGCAACUUCUUUCCGUGGACGACUUUGAGAACAUCUUAGCGGACGACUAUUUGAACGCCAAAGACGAGGAGUUUGUGUUCGAGGGUCUGGUUCACUGGGUCAACUCCGACUUCCCUGCACGGGUAGAGUACGUGCCCAGAUUGUUCCAGAAGGUCCGUGUGGGCCUGCUGAAUCCGGACUACUUCAUGAGCAAAGUGAAGACACAUGACCUCAUCAAGGAUAACGACGCCUGCAAACCCAGGAUCGUGGACGCCGUCAAGUUCUUCUACGACUUGGAGCUCAGUAACCAGUCACUCAAUGACUUCAGCCACCCGCUGGCCAUCCCGAGGAUACCGUACGAAGUGCUGUUCGCCGUCGGGGGUUGGAGCGACCGCAGCCCGACGCCUGUGGUGGAGACGUACGAUACCCGUGCCGACCGCUGGGUGGACGUGGAACCGAGAGACAGCCACCCCAGAGCGUACCACGGCAUCGCCUGUCUGAACCAGAAGCUAUACGUGAUCGGCGGGUUCGACAGUGUGGAAUAUUUCAACUCCGUGCGGUGCUUCGACCCGGCGAAGCUGUGCUGGUCGGAGGUGGCCCCCAUGAACUGCCGCCGCUGUUACGUCAGCGUUACGGUACAGGGCGGACACAUCUUCGCCAUGGGCGGGUUCGACGGACAGGUGCGCACGAACGCAGCAGAACGCUACAAUCCCAACAACAACCAGUGGAGUCUGAUCAGGCACAUGACGGCACAGCGCAGUGACGCCAGCGCAACGGCAUUGGCAGGGAGAGUGUACAUCUGUGGCGGGUUUAACGGCCAGGAGUGCCUACAGAGCGCGGAGUACUACGACUCCGCCGUGAACGAGUGGAUCUCCAUCGCCAACAUGCGCAGCCGGCGCAGCGGCAUCGGAGUCAUCGCCUACCGGCACUACGUGUACGCCGUGGGGGGCUUCAACGGCGCCAACAGACUCAACACGGCAGAAAGGUAUGACCCGGGUUCUAACCAGUGGACGAUGAUCCCCAACAUGUACAACCCGCGGUCUAACUUCGGGAUAGAGGUGAUAGACGACAUGCUGUUCGUGGUGGGCGGGUUUAACGGCUACACUACCAUCUGUCACGUGGAGUGUUACGACGAGAGGACCAACGAAUGGUACGACGCUACUGACAUGAGUUUGUACCGGAGUGCCCUGAGCUGUGGGGUGAUGAGAGGUCUGCCCAACAGGGAGUACUUCUCCAUCAAGAAAUUCAGCAAGUCACCGCCAGAGGCAAAGAAAAAGGCAGAGAAGGCACACGUGCCUACCAGGACACAGUCUGUCACUACACACGAAGCUAUGGCGACAGACGACUGAGAGAGGGCCAGAAAAAAAUCACAAAUGUAUCUGUAAAACUGGACUGUGUAAGACGAAAUAUACAUGUGUAUGGUGUCUAGUAACAACAUACGAAGCCAUGGCAAAAGACGGCUGAAAGAAAAACAAACAAACACAAAUUCAUCUGUAACCCUGGACUGUGUAUGAUAAAAUAAACAUGUGUAUACAGUAUGGUAUGUAGUAACAACACACGAAGCCAUGGCAACAGACGACUGAGAGAAAACAACAAACAAAC